CCGGUACUACGUUCUUUUUUCCUCCGUGGGAAGCCAUGAUGGCAGUUUGAGAGCGGAGCUGCGGAGCGCCCUGAGGAGAGAUGAGUCCCGCAGAUAAAUCUCACAUAUUUAUACUUCUCCAGCGGCAAUCGUUGCAUAUUUAACACGCGGUAAAGGUGGAGACUGUCACUUGUCAUUUUUACGGAACUACAUUGACCAUCCAGCGACGGCGAUGAUCAUUCGCUAAGAGGAGGGUUUUGGGGGGGGUUUAGCUGUGGUGGCUAGCGGGCGAUGCUAGUCGGGAAAGGCUCGCUUGUGUGUUUUCUUCGCGCGGAGAUGGAGAGGAUUCGCUCCUCUCUUUGGACCUGAACACGGCGCGCGCACCGGACACACAGACUUCUGCCUUAUUGUUGUUGUUAUUAUAUCGGAUGUGUUCCGGUUUGACCGGACCGCAGGAUCUGUGGACCUAUUUAGCAGCUCGGAGGACUGCGCGACCAGGAGAGUUGGGCCUGCUGCGCCGGAGCGGAUAGAGGCCAGUCUGCGCGAAGCCCUAAUCCGGGCCGCUGCGCGAGACCCACCGGGCCAGCCCGCACACAUACGUGCACACACCCGGGCGAAAGAGUUACGGAGCCAUCCAGAGCAGACGUAACCCCCUUUCUCUCUAACAGUAAACGGGAAUAAAACUGAAGUGCUUUGAACUGCUGUCAUGGCAAUGACCAAAAUUAAAGAAAUAGUCAGUCGGAAUAAGAGGAGGUAUCAGGAAGAUGGAUUCGACUUGGACCUGACAUAUAUAUAUCCAAAUAUUAUUGCCAUGGGCUUCCCAGCCGAACGGUUGGAGGGGGUGUACAGAAACAACAUUGAUGAUGUGGUGCGGUUUCUGGACUCCAAACACAAGAACCGUUAUAAAAUCUAUAACUUAUGUGCCGAACGACACUAUGAUGCUACAAAAUUCAACUGUAGGGUGGCACAGUAUCCAUUCGAAGACCACAACCCACCUCAGAUGGAAUUAAUAAAGCCUUUCUGUGAGGAUCUGGACCAGUGGCUGUCAGAGGACGAGAACCAUGUCGCCGCCAUCCACUGUAAGGCCGGCAAGGGUCGCACGGGGGUCAUGAUCUGUGCCUACCUUUUGCAUCGCAAGAAGUUUUCAGAGGCGCAGGAGGCACUGGACUUUUAUGGGGAAGUUAGGACCAGAGAUAAAAAGGGGGUAACCAUACCCAGCCAGCGCAGGUAUGUGCAUUACUACAGCUAUCUGUUGAAGAACAAGCUGGACUAUAAACCCGUCGCCCUCCUCUUCCAUAAGAUGGUUUUCCAGACUCUGCCUAUGUUCAGAGGUGGCACCUGCAGGGACAGUACUGUUAAAAACAGGAGUGAGGUGAAUCCCCAGGGCUUCAAGAAAGGCAGCUGGCACUGGGACCCUCAGUUCGUUGUGUAUCAGUUGAAGGUAAAAAUCCACACGUCGAAUCCGGCCCACACACGAAGGGAAGAAAAGCACAUGAUCUUUGAGUUCCCUCAGCCUCUUCCUGUUUGCGGCGACAUCAAAGUGGAAUUCUUCCACAAACAGAGCAAGAUGAUGAAGAAGGAUAAAAUGUUCCAUUUCUGGGUAAACACGUUCUUCAUCCCGGGUCCUGAGGAAGCUGGGGAGAAAGUGGAGAACGGGUCAGUGGUCAAUGACGUGGACAGCCUCUCCUCUCAAAGCCAGAGCUCUCCGGCAGAGAGGGAGAGGGAACGAGACAAGGAGAGAGGGGUCUUCGGAGGAGGACUUGAAAAAGUGUCAGAAAGGGGAGGAGAGAGAGCGGCAACGGCAGACAGAGAUAAAGACUACUUGAUACUGACCUUAACGAAAAACGACCUUGAUAAGGCCAACAAAGAUAAAGCUAACCGAUAUUUCUCACCCAACUUCAAGGUGAAGUUGUACUUCACCAAAACCGUUGAGGAGCUCUCAAACUCAGAAGCGAGCACUUCGACCUCUGUCACCCCAGAUGUGAGUGACAACGAACCCGAUCACUACAGAUAUUCCGACACCACUGAUUCCGAUCCGGAAAAUGAACCUUUCGAUGAGGAACAGCACGCACAGAUAACGAAAGUCUGAAAACUUUUUUGGCAUCUGCACACGUUUGCUUGCAAACAAACAUUACGGACAAAACCAAGAGAACCCAACCAACACCAGUUAAAUAAAACAAGGAGAAAACUUGAAAACAAACUGAAGAGAAAAGGACCCUCCCUCUCCAGGCCUUCGACAGCUCUCGGACAGUUUAUGUCAUGUCAGAUGCCAUCGAUUGAAAUAUCCUGACCAAUAUAUUGUUUUACUUCAUUUUGAUUGAUGAUGUUCUCGUGUGGAAAAUGACUCAGUCUCUUGAGGUGGACGGGAGGGUCCUGUAGCUAGUCUGUGUAUAUAAAAUCCCUUUUUGUGUCAGAGACGAUAAAAAUCUAGGCAAUCAGGCGAGGAGAGGGGAGGGGAGGCAGAGCAGACCACACAUCUCUCCUUCUCCCUGUCUUUACCCAGGCCAGUGCUGCAAUCAAUCUCUUUCCCUCGCUCUUCCCCUCCUUACUGUGAAUGCUUCUUGUGCUGUCUGCAGGCGCUAAGACCCUUGACCCCUCUCCUGCGCAGUGUUUGCUGGGAUACGUAGUCCUUCAGGCUGUUGUACAAAGGCUGCGGUGUACCCCCACUGUGUAUAACGAUAAAUUAUGCAGAAAAACACGACAUCCCAUGUACUUGUCGAUGUUUUUUUCUUUAUUUUUUCUUUUUUAUCCUAAGAUAAUAAAAAAUAUAAUACACGAAAGCGCAGGGAACCAGUGUUUGCAAUAAUGUUAACACUCAACAUUUAAAGGACAAAUUGGUGUGCAUGUCAUUGGAGUCAGUGUCCAUGUUUAAUAAAUGCUAUAUGAUGUGUUUUUAUUAAAACAGAAGUGUCAGAACUCUUAAA